CUCUUCCUGAGCAGAAGCAGCAACUGCUGACUGUAUAGAGCAGAUGAUAACAAGGACGUAGUGGAAUGGCCAGGUGUCUGAAUGGUGGUGUGGGUUUUCUCUUCCUUUUUGGUUGCGUUAUGGUUUAUUUGGAAAGCUAGAGGCAGCGUAAAGUGCAAGAGGUACAAGCCUUCUUUGUGUACCAGUGGAGCCACCAUGGAGCCAGACAGUGGUCACACAGAACAUCUACAGCAAGAAGAGACUGCUGGUCCUUCCACAUUAGAAGAAUGUCUUGGAGAAGCAGGAACCAGUUCUUCAGCUCAGUCACAACUUGGGAACAUAACAGUACCCUUAGUUAAUUCAUCCUCUAUUGAUCUAGAACCCAAACAAUUACAAUUUGGGCCCUCGAAAGGAAGUCUUUCAGAGCCCAGGGAUACAAAGAUGAAGAGACCUCCCUUGUCACGCUUUAUAUUGGGGUCCUCGGAGGACAAUUCUUCUGAUGAUGAGUUUGCUGCUGGCUCCUUUAAAAAUGUCAAAAAGAGCAGUCUCACCAGUAGUAGUUCUCAGACUCCAUCCUUAUCAUCCUUACCAGAAAUUGAGCCAUUGACCACAACAAUCAGGUCCAGCAUGUCUGGCCUACACCUAGUGAAGAAGGGGCGAGAGCACAAGAAGCUGGAUCUCCAUAGAGACUUCACUGUCGCUUCCCCAGCUGAGUUUGUGACCCGGUUUGGUGGUAACCGCAUCAUUGAAAAGGUACUUAUUGCAAAUAAUGGCAUUGCAGCAGUCAAGUGUAUGCGCUCUAUUAGGAGAUGGUCAUAUGAAAUGUUUCGGAAUGAGCGAGCAAUUCGGUUCGUGGUUAUGGUUACCCCAGAGGAUCUCAAAGCUAAUGCAGAGUAUAUCAAAAUGGCGGAUCACUAUGUGCCAGUCCCAGGAGGAGCGAAUAAUAAUAACUAUGCCAAUGUGGAGUUGAUUGUUGACAUUGCCAAAAGAAUUCCGGUUCAGGCUGUGUGGGCUGGCUGGGGCCAUGCCUCAGAAAAUCCCAAACUUCCAGAACUGCUACAGAAACAAAACAUUGCAUUCAUGGGACCUCCAAGUCAAGCAAUGUGGGCAUUAGGAGACAAAGUGGCCUCAACUAUUGUUGCUCAAACUGUAGGAAUCCCAACCUUGUCGUGGAGUGGAGAUGGUCUAGUUCUUGAAUGUAGCACAGAAGACAAACAGCAGCAAAGUAUGAUCUGUGUUCCCCCUGAUGUGUAUGAUCGCGGUUGUGUGAAAGACGUGGAUGAAGCUCUGGAGUCUGCAGAGAGAAUUGGUUAUCCAGUAAUGAUAAAGGCAUCUGAGGGUGGAGGUGGCAAAGGCAUUCGCAUGGCAGAGCGGGCAGAGGAUUUCCCAAAUCUUUAUAGACAGGUACAAACAGAGGUGCCCGGAUCCCCUAUCUUUGUGAUGAAGCUAGCUCAACAUGCAAGACACUUGGAGGUCCAAAUCCUGGCAGAUCAGUAUGGAAAUGCUGUGUCUCUCUUUGGACGUGACUGUUCCAUACAGCGACGGCAUCAAAAGAUUAUUGAAGAAGCGCCAGCCACUGUUGCUCCUCCAUCUGUGUUUGAAUACAUGGAACAGUGUGCUGUCCGCCUGGCUAAGAUGGUAGGCUAUGUCAGUGCUGGCACGGUGGAGUAUCUUUACAGUGAGGAUGGCAGCUUCCACUUUUUAGAACUGAACCCGAGACUUCAGGUGGAACAUCCCUGCACUGAAAUGAUAUGCGACGUUAACCUUCCUGCUGCUCAGUUACAGAUAUCCAUGGGAAUCCCACUGUACAGAAUAAAAGACAUAAGAGUGCUCUAUGGAGAGUCACCUUGGGGAGAUUUACCAAUAUGCUUUGAGAAUCCCACAAACGCCCCAAACCCAAGAGGCCAUGUCAUUGCUGCAAGAAUAACAAGUGAGAACCCCGAUGAGGGGUUUAAACCCAGCUCAGGGACCGUCCAAGAGCUCAAUUUCCGAAGUAGUAAAAAUGUUUGGGGAUACUUCAGCGUGGCGGCCGCCGGCGGUCUGCACGAAUUUGCUGAUUCUCAGUUUGGACAUUGUUUCUCCUGGGGAGAAAACCGUGAAGAGGCUAUCUCGAACAUGGUUGUAGCUCUUAAAGAGCUGUCUAUAAGAGGAGAUUUCAGGACAACAGUGGAAUACCUCAUCAAGUUGUUGGAGACUGAGAGCUUCCAAAAUAAUGAAAUUGAUACGGGGUGGCUGGAUCAUCUGAUUGCUGAUAAAGUCCGGGCUGAGAAACCAGAUACAAUGCUUGGAGUGGUCUGUGGGGCUCUCAAUGUUGCAGAUGCUUUUUUUCAAACAUGUAUGAAUGAGUUUCUUCACUCAUUAGAAAGAGGCCAAGUCCUUCCUGCAGCUACACUUUUGAACAUUGUUGAUGUAGAACUGAUCUCUGAAGGAGUGAAAUACACACUGAAGGUUGCCCGGCAGUCUCCCACUACCUAUGUGAUCAUCAUGAAUAACUCUCACAUAGAAAUAGAUGUGCAUCGGUUAAGUGAUGGUGGACUGCUACUGUCCUAUGAUGGAAAUAGUUCUACAACCUAUAUGAAAGAGGAGGUGGAUAGGUUCCGGGUCACAAUAGGCAACAAGACCUGUGUUUUUGAAAAGGAAAAAGAUCCCACAGUAUUGCGUUCUCCCUCGACUGGCAAAUUACUACAUUAUAUAGUAGAAGAUGGCGCCCAUGUUAAUGCAGGCGAUUGCUUUGCAGAAAUUGAGGUAAUGAAGAUGGUGAUGACACUGCUGGUGCAGGAGCCAGGUCAUAUUCACUAUGUGAAACGUCCUGGGGCUGUGCUGGAAUCUGGUUGUGUGGUGGCUCGAAUUGAUUUAGAUGACCCAUCCAAAGUUCAUCAGACUGAACUAUAUACUGGAGAACUCCUGCCACAGCAGACCAUGCCGAUCAUGGGAGAGAAGCUCCACCAAGUCUUCCACAAUGUGCUCGAAAAUUUGAACAAUAUCAUGAAUGGAUACUGCUUGCCUGAACCAUAUUUCAUAAACAAGGUUAAAGAAUGGGUUCACAAACUAAUGAAGACGCUUCGGGAUCCAUCCCUUCCUCUUCUGGAGCUACAGGAGAUCAUGACCAGUAUAUCUACUAGGAUUCCACCAACUGUAGAGAAAGCCAUACGUAAAGUCAUGGCUCAGUAUGCCAGCAACAUCACUUCAGUUUUGUGCCAGUUUCCAAGCCAGCAGAUCGCCAACAUCCUGGACAGCUAUGCUGCUACCUUACAGAGAAAAGCAGACCGAGAAGUGUUUUUUAUGAACACACAGAGUAUUGUGCAGCUUGUGCAGAGAUACCGCAGUGGAAUCCGUGGCUACAUGAAAUCUGUGGUACUUGAUUUGCUUAGAAGGUACUUGCAGGUUGAAACUCAAUUUCAACACUCGCACGAUGACAAGUGUGUCAUAAACCUGCGAGAGAAGUACAAGCCUGACAUGACUCCUGUACUGGAAUCCAUCUUCUCACAUGCCCAGGUGGCCAAGAAGAACAUUCUCGUUACUAUGUUAAUUGAUCAGCUUUGCGGACGAGACCCAACAGUGACAGAUGAUCUCAUGACUAUCCUUAAUGAGCUGACACAACUGAGCAAGACUGAACACUCAAAAGUUGCACUCAGGGCUCGGCAGGUCCUGAUUGCGUCUCAUUUGCCAUCAUAUGAGCUCAGACACAAUCAAGUGGAGUCCAUUUUUCUCUCAGCUAUAGACCUGUAUGGGCAUCAAUUUUGCCCAGAAAACCUAAAGAAACUCAUUCUAUCUGAGACUUCAAUCUUUGAUGUGCUACCAAAUUUUUUCUAUCACAGUAACGAAGUGGUUCGAAUGGCUGCACUAGAGGUAUAUGUGAGGAGGGGUUAUAUAGCCUAUGAACUGAACAGUCUUCAGCAUCAUCAGCUCCAGGAUGGCACCUGUGUAGUGGAAUUUCAGUUCAUGCUUCCUUCUUCUCAUCCAAACAGAGAGUCCAGCCCAACAAUGAGCAGGAUGUCUCUGCCAAUCAGUGCCACACAUCUCGAGUUAAAUCGCCAGAGCAGUGAACUCUUUAUGGACAGUGGCUUCUCUCCUUUGUGCCAACGGAUGGGAGUAAUGGUGGCUUUUGAUAAGUUUGAGGAUUUCACAAGGAACUUUGAUGAGGUAAUCUCCUGCUUUGCAGACCCUCCUUUAAAUAGUCCAUUGUUCAGCGAGGCUCGUUCUACUUUUUACGAUGAAGAAGAUAACAAGAGCAUCCGGGAAGAGCCAAUCCACAUUCUGAAUGUUGCCUUAAAGUCUGUUGAUCGCAUGGAAGAUGAAGAGCUGGUGACUGUGUUCAGAACCUUCACCCAGUCAAAGAAAAACAUUUUGGUGGACUAUGGACUUCGGAGAAUCACUUUCUUAAUAGCUCAAAGGAGAGUGUUCCCGAAGUUCUUUACUUUUAGAGCAAGAGAUGAGUUUGCAGAAGAUCGCAUUUACAGGCAUUUGGAGCCUGCUCUAGCCUUUCAGCUUGAGCUGAACAGAAUGAGGAACUUUGACUUGAAUGCAGUGCCAUGUGCCAAUCACAAGAUGCACCUCUACCUUGGAGCAGCUAAAGUAGCUGCUGGCAUAGAGGUGACAGAUUAUAGGUUUUUCGUCCGAGCCAUUAUCCGACAUUCCGAUCUUGUGACAAAGGAAGCUUCAUUUGAGUACCUUCAGAAUGAAGGGGAGCGUCUUCUGCUAGAAGCUAUGGAUGAAUUAGAAGUGGCUUACAACGACCCUAGUGUCCGCACUGACUGCAACCACAUCUUCCUGAACUUUGUCCCCACUGUCAUCAUGGAUCCUUCAAAGAUUGAGGAGUCCGUCCGCUCUAUGGUCAUGAGAUAUGGCAGCCGCUUGUGGAAACUGCGGGUACUUCAAGCUGAAGUGAAGAUUAACAUUAGAUUAAUACCAACAGGCAAAGCAAUACCAAUCCGCCUGUUCCUAACCAAUGAGUCUGGCUACUACCUGGAUAUCAGCCUCUAUAAAGAGGUGACAGAUCCCAGCACUGGACAUAUUAUGUUUAAUUCAUAUGGAGAUAAACAUGGACAUAUGCAUGGGAUGCUGAUUAAUACCCCUUACGUAACCAAAGAUCUGCUGCAGUCAAAAAGAUUCCAGGCUCAGUCUCUAGGUACCACCUAUGUGUAUGACUUCCCAGAAAUGUUUAGACAGGCUCUUUUUAAACUGUGGAGUUGUGGAGAACCAUGUUCCUCUGAUAUCCUUACCUACACAGAGCUGGUCCUUGACAGCCAGGGUCAGUUGGUUCAGCUGAACAGAUUACCAGGAGGAAAUGAGGUUGGAAUGGUGGCUUUCAAGAUGAAACUUAAGACUCCCGAGUAUCCAAAAGGGCGUGACAUUGUCGUUAUUUGUAAUGAUAUCACCUACAAGAUUGGCUCAUUUGGGCCACAGGAAGAUCUGCUGUUUCUACGAGCUUCAGAGCUUUCCAGAAAGGAAGGGAUCCCACGGAUUUACAUUGCAGCCAACAGUGGUGCACGGAUAGGACUGGCUGAGGAACUCAGACAUAUGUUUCAUGUGGCUUGGAAUGAUCCUUCUGACCCAUACAAGGGCUUUAAGUAUUUGUAUCUAACUCCUCAGGAUUACACACGGAUCAGCUCGAUGAAUUCUGUACAUUGUGAACAUGUGGAAGAUGAAGGAGAAUCCAGGUACAUGAUAACUGACAUCAUUGGGAAAGAGGAAGGAAUAGGAGUGGAAAACCUCAGAGGCUCCGGGACAAUAGCUGGAGAAUCUUCGCUAGCAUAUGAUGAGAUUGUUACCAUCAGCAUGGUUACUUGUCGGGCAAUUGGGAUUGGGGCCUACUUGGUGAGGCUGGGGCAACGUGUCAUACAAAUAGAGAAUUCCCACAUAAUCUUGACAGGAGCCAGUGCUCUGAACAAGGUCUUAGGUCGUGAAGUAUACACAUCAAAUAACCAGUUGGGAGGUGUCCAAAUCAUGUGCAAUAACGGGGUGUCCCACACUAUGGUGCCUGAUGAUUUUGAAGGAGUGUAUACCAUCCUUCAGUGGCUCUCCUAUAUGCCAAAGGAUAAGCACAGUCUAGUUCCAGUCAUCCCUCCUGUUGAUCCCAUUGAUCGUCCAAUUGAGUUUACGCCUACAAAGGCUCCAUAUGAUCCUCGCUGGAUGCUGGCUGGGAGGGUUCAUCCAUCCACCAAAGGGGCAUGGCAAAGUGGAUUCUUUGACCAUGGAAGCUUUAUGGAGAUCAUGCAGCGCUGGGCACAGACAGUUGUGGUAGGACGAGCAAGACUGGGAGGAAUACCUCUUGGAGUUAUUGCUGUGGAGACCCGAACUGUGGAGAUGGCAGUGCCGGCUGAUCCAGCAAAUCCUGAGUCUGAAGCUAAGAUCAUCCAACAGGCUGGACAGGUUUGGUUCCCAGAUUCUGCAUUUAAGACUGCACAGGCAAUUAAAGACUUUAACCGUGAGAAACUGCCAUUAAUCAUCUUUGCAAAUUGGAGAGGAUUUUCUGGGGGCAUGAAAGACAUGUAUGAUCAAGUGUUAAAAUUUGGAGCAUACAUUGUGGACAGCCUGAAAGAAUUCAAGCAACCUGUUUUGGUGUACAUUCCACCUUUUGCGGAGCUAAGAGGAGGAUCCUGGGUUGUCAUAGAUCCUACCAUUAAUCCUCUCUACAUGGAGCUUUACGCUGACAAGGACAGCAGAGGAGGCGUCUUAGAAGCAGAGGGAACAGUUGAGAUCCGCUUCAGAAGGAAGGACCUGAUCAAGUCCAUGAGGAGACUAGACAAAGUUUACACCCAGAUUGUAGAACAGCUUGGUACUCCGGAGCUGCCAGAUGCAGAACGCAAAGAUCUGGACAAGAAGCUAAAGGCUAGAGAGGAGAUACUACUGCCAAUCUAUCACCAAAUUGCUGUGAAGUUUGCGGAUCUACAUGACACUCCUGGAAGAAUGCAAGAAAAAGGAGUCAUUACAGAUAUUUUAGAGUGGAAGGAAGCACGGACUUUCAUGUACUGGAGGCUGCGGCGCCUCCUCCUAGAAGAGGAGGUGAAGAGGGAGAUCCUUCAUGCCAACAGUGAGCUCAGUGACAUCCAUAUCCAAUCUAUGCUUCGUCGAUGGUUCAUGGAGACUGAAGGAGCUGUUAAGACAUACUUAUGGGACAAUAACCAAGUUGUGGUUGAGUGGCUGGAGAAGCACUUACAAGAGGAGGAUGGUGCAAAAUCUGCUAUUCGAGAGAACAUAAAGUACCUAAAGAGAGAUUAUGCCCUAAAACAUAUUCGAGGCCUUGUCCUAGCCAACCCUGAAGUAACCAUGGACUGCAUUGUCCAUAUGACCCAGCAGAUUACAGCGGCACAGAGAGCACAGCUAACAGGGCUUUUAACAACUAUGGAUAACAGUCCUUCCAGCUGACACUGAAUUAGAGAGACAUUUUCUUUUUUCAUUAAACACAGAGGCUGCAGUAAGCACAGUCUUCAACCCGCCGUCGACAAGAUCAAGCCAUACCACUAAGUGCCUUUCAAGAAAGCUGCCUGUACAAAGCAGCGGCUUUGUACAGGCAGCUCGGUGGAUGACUGAACAACGACUGAUACCACUUGUUUUCCUGAAUCAGAUGAACAUUGCAAAUUUUUUUUUUUUUUUCUUCAAUAACUGUAACCAUCAUUUUGUUUGUUUUUGUUUUUUUUAUUUAACUGUGCUGCAUAACUGAUGAACAAAUUGUCCAUAACAGUUCAUUGAUUGUAAAAUGCACUUUGAGCCAAAUUGUAUGGCUUUUUAUUCAGCUCUGGGAUCAGUUUAGCCAUUUCUGGGAGGUUCUAGCAAAUACCUUUAUUACACGCACAAAUACAGUAUUCUGACAGUGCUAUUGUAAUCUAUUUAUGUAGCAUGCAAAUAAUUAAAUGAAACAGUGGAGAUGUAUAACCCGAGAGUGAGAAGACAAUAGCAGUAUUCUACCUGGCAUUACACUUACUCA